AAACGGCAGUGGGCGGCCCGCUGGGGGUGACGUGUUUCCGGCGGGGAGCUGGCGGCGGCCGAGGAGGGGAGGAGGUGGCGCGGCGGCCCGGGGCAGCCGGGGGCAAUUAAUCUUAAGCGAUGUCGUUCAUUUUCGAAUGGAUCUACAACAGCUUCAGCAGCGUGCUGCAGUUCCUAGGUUUGUACAAGAAAUCUGGAAAACUCGUGUUCCUGGGCUUGGAUAACGCUGGCAAAACCACUCUGCUGCACAUGCUCAAAGACGACAGGCUGGGUCAGCACGUCCCCACGCUACAUCCCACAUCAGAGGAGCUGACGAUUGCUGGAAUGACCUUUACGACUUUUGAUCUGGGUGGACAUGAGCAAGCUCGACGGGUCUGGAAGAACUACCUGCCAGCCAUCAAUGGGAUUGUCUUCCUGGUGGACUGCGCCGAUCACUCACGUCUUAUGGAAUCCAAAGUGGAGCUUAACGCGCUAAUGACAGAUGAAACAAUAUGCAACGUGCCAAUCCUUAUCUUGGGCAACAAGAUCGACAGACCAGAGGCCAUCAGUGAGGAGAAACUGCGGGAGAUCUUUGGGCUCUACGGACAGACCACGGGAAAGGGAAAUGUGCCAUUGAAGGACCUAAAUGCACGUCCCAUGGAGGUGUUCAUGUGCAGCGUGCUGAAGAGGCAAGGCUACGGUGAAGGCUUCCGCUGGCUAUCGCAGUACAUUGACUGACACAAGGGUUUCACUCCUCUGGACUGAUCUGUUCACAGCUUCCUAUGGACUUUUCUAUCAGAACACGGAAAGCUUUCCGACCGCCUGCCGGCAUCAACCAAGAGACUCCUGGUUUUUUUGGCUGCCCUUUCACACAGUGGUGACACAACUCUUUUCCAUGAGACGGGGAGGCGGCGUUGUCCUGCAAGUGGGGACGAGCUGUCCCUUUCCGUUUGGUUACAGCAGGGCUGGUGUGAUGGGGGAAGGAAAACACUGUAACAGCUGAAAAAGAGAGCACGUCUCACCACUGUGGUUAAUUGACUCAAAAGAAAAUAAGAAAGGAAAAGCAAUUAUAUUUUUUAAAGAAAGUGUUAAUGUAAACAGCGUCCCUUCUAACUUUUUAGUUUAACGUUCAUCUUGUUUAGUCCAGAGUCUGGUUAGGGUUUUUUUAAAAAGCAUAUUUAACAAUAUUUAGAUAUUUCACAAUUACUGAACCGAGGUUAUCAUGACAUUAGAACUCCUCAAUAAACAGAGCAUUUGGGCUGAACUGAGCUGUAGGGUCGCUGUGCUGCGCCAACGCUGACUGACAGCAAGGAAGGGGCCAUGGGGACCCAUCCGUGCCAUCCCAGCUGCUUCCACCAACGGGGAUUUUCGGCAUUGGAGAGGAGCGAGUGCCUGCCAGCACACCGGGUGCGGGAUGAUCGGCACUCAGUUGAGGGUUGUGCCAUUAUGGUGACAACCGUGAAGCUGUUUUGGUGGUUGUAGCAUGGAAGUGUUUGCAGCAUAUCAUGAGGUUAGUGAUGUAAGACUAAACAGGUUCCUUUUAUACUCGAUGGAUUUGAUUUUUUUUUUUUCUGUCUGAAGCCUCAUUGCUGUCUUGCGCUCAAUAAAGACGUGUCUUUCUCCUCC